UUGCGAAUGUCGCCUUCCUUCGCUUAUCAUUUUCUCGUAAUUUUACUUGGGCGUUGUAAACUUAAAUUAUAAAUAAUGUGUAAUAAUCAGUAUAUAAUAACGAGAAAUCGUUAAUAUUAAACAAAUAAAUUAGAACUGCUUUGAGUCAGCGAGCCUUGUUGUGAAUAAAAUGCUAUAGAUUAGGAUUUUUUAUCACUAUUUUCAGCGUCUUGCAUCGAAAUUGAUUUGUUAUUUGGUGGCAAAAUAUUUACACGAAUAAGUUAUGCCGGAGCAAAGUAACGAUUACCGAGUUGUUGUGUUCGGAGCGGGUGGCGUAGGAAAGAGCUCUCUGGUUUUACGAUUUGUAAAGGGCACAUUCAGAGAAUCCUACAUACCGACAAUCGAAGAUACAUACAGACAGGUGAUAAGCAGCAACAAAACAAUAUGUACACUCCAGAUUACUGAUACUACAGGCUCCCAUCAAUUUCCAGCAAUGCAACGAUUAUCAAUAAGCAAGGGACAUGCCUUUAUAUUGGUGUAUUCAGUGAGCAGUCGACAAUCCUUGGAGGAAUUAAAGCCAAUAUGGCAGACGAUAAAAGAGAUAAAAGGCACAGAGUUGCCAAACAUUCCUGUGAUGCUGGCGGGUAACAAGUGUGAUGAAAGUCCAGAGAUCCGGGAGGUGUCUGCGGCCGAGGGUCAGGCACAGGCGCAGGCCUGGGGAGUUUCCUUCAUGGAAACAUCUGCAAAAACCAAUCAUAAUGUUACACAACUUUUCCAGGAGCUGCUUAACAUGGAAAAGAACAGAAAUGUUUCUCUUCAAGUUGACGGAAAGGGUAAGAAGAAGAAAGACAAAGUAGUGAAAGAUGGCGGGGAAGGUUCAACCAGCGGCAGAGAGAAGUGUAGCGUGAUGUAAUGCGCGCUGCCGGCGCGACCGGUUACUUUUGUUGUCACCCACCGAUUUUACAAUAAUAAGCAGUCAUUUUGAUCCUAGUCAUUCUAUCCAUUUCUUGGAUAAGUUCUAAAAGCACGGAAUAGCAUAGGUAUUAUUAUUGUAGGUAAUAAUUAUCAUGCCUUUUAAAUAAUAUUAAUUUCCAUUGAGAUGGAGCUUAACAGUCAUUAAAGUGCAUAUUUUGCUAAUAUUAAAGUAUCAAGUUAUUUACACUAGUUACAUAAUUGAUAAUGACUGAGGAGACACGAGAAAUAAUUCUGUAAACCGUAUAUUGUUAGUGUGAAAAUACAACGAAAUGAAGUCUGUAGGACUUACUGUUAAUCAAUUGUAUGCUGAUAAAUAAAGUAACAAUACAUAAUCGAUAGUGACAUGUUGUAAUAAAUGUUUAGUACUUGUACUAGUUUGUUUUUAGGAACAUUUUGCUUUUUAUUUCAGUUAUUAGGGACACUAAUUUCUAUACAAAGAUAAUUUUACUAAUAAUUGCUUAUAUACUUUUUAAACAUAAGUAUUUAUUGACACAAAAAAUGGCCAUAUGAGAGAAAUAGAUAAUGUCAUAGUGGGAUCAUUGCAUCAGUGCCAAAAUGUAGCAAUUCAAUAACAAUUUUGUUAUUGGGCACCUAGUUUUCUUCUAAAAGAAGAACUAUUGAAUAAUGUCAUAAAAUAUUGAUGAAAAGAAUAUUAAUUAUAAGAGCACGAAUUUAGUAAUAACAGUUGAAUCAACUGCAAUGACAUUGCCUAUUUUAUUCAAACGAACCAUUUCAUUUGCCCAGAAAGCAAUGAACAAGAACUACAGUACUAAACAUAAUUUUCAAUAAAAUAUUUUAGUCAUUAUUCUUAAAAGUAGCUGUCGCUAGAUUAUAAUGCACUUUAUUUAAUAUCAUUCACUUACAUAUCCAAUUAGAAUUGUCCAUUAAAGAUUUAUCUAGUCGAUUAUUAUUACCAUUAUCGCAUAUGCGCCUCAUAAUGAGGUAAUAUUUACGAAAAUAUAUUUAUUAAUAAACAUAAUACUAAGGUUUCAUAAAUUCACGCCCAUAAGCUUCUACAAAUGUACAAGUUUCACAAAUAUCUAAAGGAGAUCAUCGGAUUUCGGCCCAGAAGUCAAAGUGCCGGCCAAAAAAUAUUUUUGCUAUAUUCCGUUAGACCUUAUCCGUCUGAGUAUUUAUUACUAUGGCACCAAAGCUGUAGGGUCAAUAUCUUCAGUUUUAUUCGAAUUAAAAGAACUGUAUUUUUCAUACAUUUUUGGUGAAAAUGUAAAGUGCCGGCCAAGUAACAAUAAUGGUAUAUAUCCUUAGAACUUAUCUAUCUGAGCAUUUAUUACUAUGGCACCAAAGCUGUAGCGUCAAUAUUUCUGGUUUUAUUCGAAUUAAAAAAUAAACUUGUAUUUUUCAUACAUUUUGGUGAAAAUGUGAAGUGCCGGCCAAGAAACAAUAUUGGUAUAUCCCGUUAAAACUUAUCCCUUUGACCGUUUAUUAUUAUGGCACCAAACGUCUAUGACCAUUAUUUUGGCUUUUAUUGGACUUUACGUUUUAGUUUCUAAGUGAAAAGUGCCGGUCAGCAAAAACACAUGUCAAAACUAUCGAGAAGAUACCUGUAAACAUUAUUCACUAUGACAAUAAACGUGUAUGACCAUUAGUUUGGCUGUUGUUGGAUUUUUAAAAUCUCGAUUUUUGAUUUAUUUUGUUAUAAAAUAAAAUAUGACAGGCGCGUUAUUUAAAGGAUCGUCAGAAUGUUUAUUACUAUGACAUUAAACGUCUAUGACCACUAUUUUGAACUCAAUUAGAUUUCUCAAAAAUCUGGAGUUUUCAUAGAUACCUACACUUUGGCGAAAAAAGUUUUAUCUGGCGAUAAUGCAGGUAAAGGCGUAAUAUCGUGGUCGUCUUUGGACACAUUUUUAUUAAUCAAAAAUAGGUUUUCGUUUGACCACUAUCUCACCUGAUGGUGAUAUACGCUUUAGAAGCUUAUUUUUUUUAAGAAAAGUGAGGUACGAUGAUAUGUCGGCCGAGUAGCACCAGGACAUUGUGAUCGGCAUACAUGCAAAGUACAACUGCCCGACUCCUAUCUUCCCUAACAGCUACUUCAGACGUCAUGCCAAAAUACAAGUUUCGUCACUAGAUGGCAAGGAUCUUUGGAGGGUGGUAACCAUCUACGGUCAAGAUGAAUCAAUACCAUAAUUCGACCUAAACUUAGGCCGUAACGUUGAGUCGAAUGCAAAAACUACAGCCAACGUCGUAUCUAAAAUCAGAUAGUAUUAAUAUAGAAGUUCACCUAACAACACACAAAACAAAAACACAAAGUAUUUAUAUGACUAAUAACUAGUCAUUGGGAAAGCUCUGCUUGUUAUCAUUGUUAAAAUGUAUAUAAAAAAAGAUUUUUUUUAAAGUCUAAUAAAAGCCAAAGUCGAUAUUUGGUAAUAUAGUAAAAAAAUACGUUUCAAGUCGUUUACCAAAAGAUUUGACUUAUUUUGCUUCGCUGGCUGACAUUUUCCCAUUUGAACCAAAACGGAAAGAGAGACGAAUAAAAGUCAAAAUAAUGGUCCAAAAUGUUUUGCGCCAGAUUAUUAAAUGUUCUAAAGGUCCUUUGUAAUCCGCCGUACCGCAAGUUUUGCCUAAAGCACUUUAUUUUUAAACAAAACAAAAAAGAAAUCAAGAUUUUUAAAAUACAAUAAAAGGCAAACUAAUGGUCAUACACGUGUGGCGCUAUAGAAAAAAAUGUUAACAGGCAUCUACUCGAUACUCUCAACAUGGUAUUUUUGGUGGUCGGCACUUUUCACAUUUGAACUAAAACGUAAAUUCCAAUAAAAGUCAAAAUAAUGGUCAUAGAUUUGGUGUCAUAUUAAAAAAUAUUGAGAAGCAACUAUUGGACAGAUUUGACGUAUUUUUUUCGAUGGCCGGCAUUUUAACAUAUUAACCAAAACGGAAAGUCCAAUAAACGUCAAAAUAAUGGUCAUAGAAGUAUGGCGCCAUACUAAUAAAUGUUCUAACGGUCCUUUAUAAUACGCCUGUAUCCCUUUUAUUCCCAACGGACAUAAUAUUUUUUUUUACAAAAUGUAUGAAAAAUCGAGAUUUUUAAAAUCCAAUUAAAUCCAAACUAAUGGUCAUACACGUUUGGUGUCAUAGUAAAAAAUGUUCACAGCAAUGUACUCGAAAGGUUCGACACAUUUUUUUUCUCUGGCCGGCACUUUCGAAUUUGGGCCGGCCAAAGUAUGGAGAGCCGAUGAUCUCCUUUAUAAUAUUAUGUAAUCUGUUUUGUUUGUAUAGAGUAUUGUGUACCUACGCGAGUAUAAGGCCAACACUGGACGUUAUUGCGCGUGCGCAGGUGCGCAGUAAGCGAUGUUUCGUAGGGGAAUUACGGUAAUUAUAAUGAGAUAACUUGAAGUGGAUGUACUCGCAAAGUAAAGCACUAUGAAGUGUGGCUUAUUAACACAGAUUUGUAAUGUGUAAUUCUUUGCUUAUUGGCAGAAACUGACAAUUUAACGUAUAGUAAAAGUUGUUGAAACUGAAUUGUUAUAGCUGGACCAAAGUUGUUUGAUGUUGAUUGAUGUAAUUCUACCAUAAUAGUUAAAAAUUUUGUUCGAUAUUUAUUAUCAAUUAUUAGUAUAUUUGAAGGCAUCCUGCUCUUGUUUACUUCUUCUCUUGCCACAUUUCUAUUGCAUUGACAAUGUUCUUAAAUAUGGCUAAUGAUGUGAAUUUUGUCAUGAUAAGUACGAGUAAUACCAAAAACCUAAUUGCUUGUAUAUUCAAGCCCGACAGGCUAUGUUUGUAUUUGAUACAGUCUUAUAGCAGUUUUUUAGAGACCCUUUAUUUUUAAUAAAAUUAUUUUAAAUUAAAACAAUUGAUGUGAUAAGUAGAUCGAUUCUGUAACUCGGUAGACAAUUGAAAUCUGUCAAAAAUCAAAACUGAAUUAUUAAUUAUAGAUAAACUUGUCGAAGAUCAAGUUUAGAAUAAAAAUACAAUCAAUCUUAUCAUUGACAAUUACGUUACAAAAAGAAUUUGAUCUUCGACAGAUUUCAGUUGUCCAUCGAGUUACAGAAUAGGCAUAUUGAUCGCCAUGCGACAUGGGAUAUAUCUAUGAUAUGACUUGAUCACACAUUAGAAGCAAAAAGCUGGAAUGUCUGUUUUUACUUUUUGCACCAAAAUAAGGAAAUAGUAACAAUAAAACUUAUCUUAACCUCGUAAGGCCCGGAUUUCCAGACAAAAUAGUUAAACAAUGGGAUUUGAAUUUUAAAAGGCAUCUGGGCCUUACGACCUUAUAGGUACAUGGCGAUCGGCGACCUUCUCGCUUAAACUAAUUUCUUCCACGCAACCAUAACGCGAGGAGUUAAAAGAUGACGGGUGUAAAUCAAAAUACAAUAAAUAUAAUUGUUGUGGUUGGUUUUGUUUGAAUAUUUGUUCACAACAUACCAGUUUAUUUCUAAAUUGAUAUAUUUAGUCUACCAACACGUAAAGCUUUAAAUACAACUUUUAACGUAAAGAGCUUGUCAUUGCACUUACUGGGGCCUUAUUAUUUCGAUAUUCCAUAAACACUUGUAACUACCAUUAUUUCAAAUCAACUCUUCUCUCUAAUGCUUAACAAUUUCAUUCACAAUGGUGCCCAAAUACAUGGCAAUAAUAUUAUAGUAGAUAAUAGGAUUGGCGUAGUUAUCUCCGUAACUAAAAAAGUACAUUUAAAGUCAUAGAGACAGACAGAACUGUUGCUGGGUGAAUCAUUUUGUGGUUUUUAUGAAAGAAAGAUUAUUAUUGAUCUCAUUACUAUGUAGUCUUGUGUGAAUGGUGAACUUGUUUAAGUCUAAGAUUUACUUUAUAAAAAACUAGUAUUUUUUGUAUAAAAACUAGUCGCUUUAUUUAUGUGCUUUUUAACAGAAUCGUAGUAUCUGAAGGUAGUGUUUGUCCAGAUUGUAAUCAUUUUAUCUUAUUGAUUGAGAAAUGUAUGCAAUUAUGCAUUGUGUUAUCACGCACAUACAGUGAUUUAGACACAUACCCUAAAGUUAUAGCUGCCUCUAAAUGCAGUACCUUACUCUGUCUACCUGAUAACAUUAUCUAGAGAAUUUUAAAAAUUUGAUCUUGUCACUAUAAACAAAGCGUAGCACAAAGCAUUUAAAUACAAAAGCGUUAACUUUUUGAGGUGUCUCUGUUAACUUGUAAUGUUCUGUGCUUUGCUAAUAACAAAACUUUCUAUAAAUCCACUAUUAAACAAAAAUGGGCAUUUACAAUCUACCCAAAUAUUACUCUCAAGUUAAAACUAUUCCUAGCGUGGAUUUUGUAAGCUCUUUAUUCUCUAUAUCCAUCUACUUAAUUCUAAGUAUACACAUUGGCAUAGGUUGAUUAGUCCAUAUUGCAUUAGAUCUAUAGUAGUAGUGGGUAGUCGGAUAUAGGUGCGCCUCAUUUGAAUCGUGAUCGAAGCUUGGUCGGGGCGAGUCUGAGAAUGUUACAGUUGUGAGUCCCCUCGCCCCGCGGAGUGGUGUUCUAGUUGUACAUAUUUAUAAAUAUUGUUUUGUUAUAAUGUUAUUUAUUGAGGUUGCGAACGUUUGUUGACCAAUAGCAGUGUAGAGUAAGUACGUAAAUCGAUUGUAGAGUUUGCUUGAUACCUUAAUACAGUUGAAUCAUUUUUUAACGAAAUAAUGCUUAGUAAAUUUGAACUGAAUGUUUCCAAUUCCUAUAUUUUUAAUUGAUCUUGUGACACUUCUCAGUAAGGCAUCACCAAAAUAAAACAUAAAAUUACAA